UGACUGUAGCGGUGGAGCUCCGUGGAAGUGUCUCCCCGGUUCACAGACGGUGCAGGCGGACGAGGGGGCGGACCGACCGAACGACAGAGCGAGCGGCGAGUGGAAACUUGACAGAAAACACCGGCAGACUCUCCCGCUGACCUCCGCGGCACCGAGAAAUUCACCGAAAACACCAAACUAACUGACAAGCUAGCAGCUCCGGCGGCGGAGGCGCGCCCGGACUAACGUUCGCAGGAGAAAGGUGAGCAGGAGGCGCGCUCCGGCGAACGGGAACGUCAGGAGACGAGUGGACCGGCCACAGGUAGGACGGACCGGCCACAGGUAGGACGUACCGGCCACAGGUAGCCGAGCGGCGGCACAAGGGAGCCGGCAGGCGGGUCAUGCGGAUUUCUCCGGUGGCUGAUCGGAGCGCCGCGUCACAGCAGUAAAACGGCGAAGAAGAAGAAAGAAGCAGAAAGCAGAAGAAGAACCAGCCCGAGUCGGUGCCACUCCGUCCCGCAGGAGAGCAGCAUGUCCCGGAGGAAGCAGAGCAAACCCCGGCAGAUCAAGCGUUCCCUCGGGGAUCUCGAUGGCAGUGAGGAAAACACGCCGGACAACCUGAGCCUAUCGGGAGAGGAGGGAGGAGCCUCGGACCCAGACGAUUCUGCAGAAGGCGACAGCUCCAGCCCUCCUCCGUACACACCACUGUACAACGAAGAGCCGAGGACGCAGGAUUCUGGAGGAGGAGGAGGAGAAGGAGGAGGUCCAGAGGACGAAGAUGGCGAAGGGGAGGAGCAACCUGCGACUCACAGCGGUGGAGAGGAGGAAGAGGAAGGAGAGGAAGAUGGGGAGGUGUUACAGUGGAGAGGACCAGAUGAGCUGGAGUUGGGUGAUGAAGGCAGCAGCGUGGUGGCUGUCAGAGAUCUGCAUCCAGACACCACAUGGGGCCCCUACCCAGGAAUCGUCCAAUCAGAGAGCAGCACGGAGGACCAGGAGGCGGAGACGUCCAGGUUGACUGUGGUCUGUGAAGAUCCAGACUGUUGGAUCAGUCGCCUCCCGCUGACCUCCGACUCCUCAGCAGCAAACUGCAGCAUCUACAGCCAGGGUGAGGAGUUGUUCUGUAAGGUGAGCAGAGAGUUGGCAGCUGGUGAAAGACUUGUAGCCUCCCUGUCGCCUCCUCCGGCCUCCUCCUCCUCGUCCUCCUCCUCCUCCUCCUCCUCCAGACUGUCUCCUCCUCUCAGCCUGGUGGCCCAGAAGCAGCCGUCGGUGAAGGAGGAGGCUCUUUACCCGGCGGCGCUGAGGUCCGACAUCCAGCUGCUCCCUCAGCAGGCCGGCAUGGCGGCCAUCCUGGCUACAGCCGUCGUUAACAAGGACAUCUUCCCUUGUAAGGAUUGUGGGAUCUGGUACCGCAGCGAGAGGAACCUUCAGGCCCACCUCAUGUAUUACUGCGCCAGCCGCCAGAAGCAGCCGGCCGCCGCCUCGUCCCCCCCACAGGACAAGCCGAAGGAGUCCUACCCCAACGAACGCAUCUGCCCCUUCCCACAGUGCAACAAGAGCUGCCCCAGCGCCAGUUCACUCGAGAUCCACAUGAGAACGCACAGCGGUGAGCGUCCGUUUGUCUGCCUCAUCUGUCUGUCGGCCUUCACCACCAAAGCCAACUGUGAGCGCCACCUUAAGGUUCACACCGACACGCUGAGCGGUGUGUGUCACGGCUGUGGCUUUAUCUCCACCACCAGGGACAUCCUCUACAGCCACCUGGUCACCAGCCACAUGGUCUGUCAGCCCGGAUCUCGCAGUGAGGUCUACUCUCCGGGACCAGGACUCCCCAAGCUGCCGCUGUCCACCGGUCUGAGUCCAGGAGACUCUGGUGUGGUGCUCAAGUGUCAGGUCUGUGGCCACAACUCGGACUCCCCGGCACAGCUUCAGCAGCAUGUACGAACCCACCUGGAGGUCAGAGUCCCGGCCGAACGGAGCCCCACUCCUCGCCAAAGCACCCCAUCAUCGGUGGACCACCCCCAGCCAUCACCCCAGGAGAAGGAGCCCCUGGCCUGUGUCCCCAAACCAGACUCAUCCAGUCCUGGUGCAAACGGUGGCUCAGCAACCCCUCGAGGCUACAGUCCUUCUGACAUCCAAAGCUUGGAUCUGAAGAUCAAAGAGGAGCCUAAUUCAGACUCAGACACAGAGGAGGAGCAAAUGGAGAUUAAGGAGGCUGGAGAUGAGGAGGAGGGGGAGGAUGGGGGAGAGGAAGGGGAUCUAGAAGCAAGGAGGAAGACAAAAGAGGAACAAAUUGCCACCACCUCCUGCCAAACAUCUCCAAAGAGUCCAGCCACCACAGCUGUGAAGGCAGAACCGACAAGUCCCACCCCUGGUUCCAGCCCUGCUCAUGUGGGAGGAACCGGUUCAGUCGUUCCAGGAGGAGCGAUGUUCUUGCCUCAGUACAUGUUUAACCCCGAGGCAGCCAUCUUGCCUCAGGCUUCAGAGAUCCUGGCUAAAAUGUCAGAGAUGGUCCACAGCCGACUGAAGCAGGGCCAGACGGUUGCUCAGAACAACCCUGCAGCCUUCUUCCCCACCGGGCCGACUGCACCGACCGCCACCGCCACUCCACCUCAAAAAGGAGCUACCUGCUUUGAGUGUGACAUCACCUUUAACAACAUCAACAACUUCUAUGCACAUAAGAGGCUGUACUGCUCCAGCAGACACCAAGGAGAAGGUGCAGCCUCAGCUUCAGGCUCGACAAGAGAUGCAGUCCCAGCCACGGUGCCUUCCGGCGGGGCGCAUGGCUCAUCCACAUCCCCUCAGGGUGGAGCUUCAAGUAGAGCAGCCUCCGCCUCUCCAAUCGACUCUGAACCUCCUGCAGGGAGCGGAGCAGCAGAAUCCAGGAGGGUGGUGGAGGUGAAGACAGAAACCCCAGUGGGCAGAGAUGGGAUAUCAUCCUCCUCUGAAGGGGAAGGUGGAGGUGGAAGUGUGGGAGGAGGCGGUGGAGGAGGAAGAGCAAGUGAAGGCAGCCAGAGCCCUGCAAGUGGUUCUGCAGAAGACCUUGAAGAUGAUCCCAACAGAACCUUCUGCGAGGCCUGCAACAUCCGCUUCAGCCGUCAUGAGAAUUACACUGUUCACAAACGAUUCUACUGUGCGUCACGUCACGACCCGUCCAACCACAGAGCUGUCCACAUGGCCAAGACGAGCAACGCAGCAGCCUUCCUGCCUCAGCCCAUCCGCACACGCAAGAGGAAGAAGAUGUACGAGAUCCACAUGGCCAGAACCGAAGCCUUAGCAAACGCUGCCGCUGCAGCUGCCGCCGCCGCUGCCACCGCCUCAGCGCCAUCUCCCUCCGUUCUGGGUUUGGCAGUGAAGCAGGAAGUUUCUCCUGGUGGUGCCAGCAGCUCCAGCCCUGAAGGAGAUGGUCCGAUCGACCUGAGCAAGAGGCCCCGUCUGAGGGAAGUCCCUGGUGGCGGCAGCAGCAGUCAUCUCCCAGCUCUGCCUCUCACCGACUACCACAAGUGCACCGCCUGCAGCAUCAGCUUCAACAGCAUCGAGAACUACCUGGCUCAUAAAACCUACUACUGCCCUGCCACCACCCUCCAGCCCCACACCCUGGAGCAGCUGCACAGGCUCAAGAGAUCAGCCUCUACCUCCCCCAAAACCAGGCCUCAGCAGGAGCGGCCGGAUCUUCUGCACCCUGUGGAGGCUAAAGUUCUACCCGCCGAAUGGGUUGCCCAAACUCAAUGCACAUCAUCCAGUCCUCACCCCUCUGCCUUACCCUCCUCCGAUGCUACAUCUCCCUUGCAUACGACCACCGUGCUCGCUGCCACUCCGGCAGCCGGAGCUAAGGGUUCAGGAUCGACUCAGAUGGUCUGCCCAUACUGUCCCAACAGGCUCGUCACUUGUGACCUGAUGGAGCACUUCAAGACCACCCACGGCCUGGUCGUCACCAUUCAGCCGCCCCAGGAGACCCUCCCCCAGCCGGGCAGCGCUGUCAGCCGCAGCCCCAGCCUGAGUCCAAGGGACGGAGCUGCUGCAACCACCUCCACCAUCCCAACCAACCAGGCCAGGCUCGUCUCCCGAGUCCACCGAGACAGCAUUAACGGUCAGGCCAGGAGCGGCACAACCUCCCCCGUCUCCCCCCUUUUGAACGGCAGCCCCUCAGCUGGGGGAGGAUCACCUUCAGCCGGCUCUCCUCUGCCGGUGUCUCCCCCCAGGGCUCCCUCUCUGACUAUGUCACCUGUGCCUGAGGUCCUGAGGGUGAAGAUGGAGCCAUCCCCCCUUCCAGACAAGUCCACCCCAACCCCGACCUCCCCUCCCGCCCCCCAGCCCGCCCCAAAAACCCCGGUGAUCUCCCCGGUCCAGAAUGGUAACUCUCGCUUCUGUCGGCUGUGCAACAUCAAGUUCAGCAGCCUCUCCACGUUCAUAGCUCACAAGAAAUACUACUGCUCCUCCCACAGUGCCGAACACGUCAAGUGAGCUUCCUCCUUCCCUUCCUUCGUCUUUUCCUUCACUAAAGUUCCAAGAAGCUCAGAUGGUCCUCCGAAAAUGACGCUCGACUGGCGUCACCCUGAAUGACAGUGAAUGACUGUUACUCACCUGGCGGGGCCUGAUGCCCGGCAGCAGAAUUAGCAGGUGGCGUUACUCACAUACAGUAACUGAUGCUCCUCCUAUGGGUCAACGUUUGUAGUACACUAAGAGCUGAUGCUACCUGCACAUGCUGAUGUGCCCUCGUCCCGUAGAUCACUCUGUCUUCGUACGCCGGUCCCUGAUCCUACAUGAACCACUCCCAGGCCUCAUUAAGGGACGUUAAAAAGAUCUAAGUCGACACCUUCCCUCCCGCCCUCCUGUUGAACUGAGUAUAUAACGGCAGUAAUUAGAUUCUGACUGACGAUGCUGAUUUUCCCACGCUCUCGAUGUUUCAGACCUAAAACGGAGGAAAUCUCUGGUGUGGAAAAAGACUUGAUCAUUGUUAAUGUUUUUAUUAUCUGUGCAUAGUGUAUGAUGUCUGGAAAAAAAGAAUUCUAUAAUGCUUUUUGGUUUCAACACUGGCUCUGUUUUUGCUUACUAGAGAAGCUGGAGCGUUUUUAGCUGAAAAAAAAACAAAAACAACAUGUGGCAUCACAAUGUUACUAAUUACUGAAGGAUAAUAUUUCAAAACGGACUUUUUUUCUUUUCUUUCAUACACACAAAAUUUUUAUUUUCUCUUUAAAACGCGAGGGAGAAAAAAAAUGUGAAAUAUUUAUCUUUUAGUCCUCACUGAUUUCAUGUCAACAGAAAACUACCUACCUAGUGUCCGAGAGUAUUUGUAUUUUUUAUUUGUAUAUUUUUCAUACUGUUGGAAGGAACUGUUUGGAUCUGGGUGUGUUGAAGUGAAUUUUCUAGGUGUAGAUAUGUAAUAUCUUCUCAUAGUAAUCACUGGGAUCACACUGAAAUUUAUCACGUUGGCAUUUUGUGUUCUGGGCUUUAAUUGAUGACCUGAAAACCAGCUUUGUUUUGAUUUGCAACAGGUUACACAGAAUCCGUCUUCUGUUAGCAGCGGCUUCACCUCAUAAGGACAUAGCUUUGUUUGUCGCAGACUGAUGCUAAGGGAUGUUUUUUAAUGAUUGUACUUCUAUCCGGCUAUGAAGGCAAAGCAGCAAACAGUCACAUGUUGUUAGAAGACCUCACACAGCACAGCAUCUAAUCGUUUCUGGUGGCUGUUGUGUGUUUGAUUCGCGCACACAUGCAGUUUACGCCACAUAUUCCCAAGCUACUGCUGCUAUACAGUGUUAGCUACGACUGUGAAACGCUUUUUUCUUUUACAAAAUUGAUGCAAAUGCACCAUCUUGUGUUUUUUUAAAGGCCUGGAAUUAAAGCUGCCAGUAGUUAAAACUGCACCCGCAUGUUGAGUUUAACACAAAUUCAAUUAAAUUCUCAGGAUUUUAUCAACAUGAGCUCCUAAAAAUAGAAUUUGUACCUUCGUGAGACACUAAAACUCUGAGCUAGAGGUCUUUAUGGUUGUAAAAUGUUGGACCUGUCCAGAACCGAGAUCCAGUUUCACAAGGACCUGAUCCAAAAUGGAGCCUCUAAAGGUGGAUUCAUGGUUGGUGUCCAUGUAAGCCAAGUUAAGGGUUAUCAGAGAUGAUGCUAGCUCAGAUUAAAUGCUAAUUAUAUGCGUUUAGAAUCACAGCUACUGCUCAAGGACCACCACUGAUGCUCUGCGACGUCAAUCCAGUAUUUUUAUCUCUCAAAUUCACUCCACUGUAACGUCUAUCUUUGCUGUGAUAGAGGCUAAAAGACCAACAACAGCACAAACACCAACAACAGCAGCUACGUUUCUAGUGUUUUUGACAAAUGUUGCCCCCUAGUGGUAGCCAACAGCUUUGCAACGUACGGCUGCAAAGCUCUACGUAGCACCAACACAGUCAGAAACAUGAUGCACCAUCCAUUAAUAAGUGGGAAACAGCAGUAAUAUAACAAUAACCAGAGUUACCACCUACCUGUUUGACGUCUUUGCCAACCAGUUUACAUCCAUGUCUGUCCACACUCAUAUUGGGAACCCAACAUUUAAUUCAAAAUCUGACAAAAUGGAAGUAUGGGCAGCAUUUCUACUUCUGUUCCUGAGUUAUAGCGUAGAAUACCAGCCCGUAAAGUGUUUUAAAAAGCAUCGCAGAUUCAAGUCGUUGAGUCUAAGUGAAUUUUGCAAGAACGACACGUAUGGACAGACAACCAACAAACAUACAACGGCGCUCAAAGUAAAACAAAAAUAUUUAGUUUUUCUGCUUCAAAAACUAGUUUAUCAACAAAAAUUCUAAUUGAAAACUGUAAAGUUAGGAUGACACAGCAUCAGACACCAUGGAUGCAUAGCUGUUUUAAAUUCUACCAUGUAAAUCUACAAAUUCUGUCCAUGCACACCAUCAUAUUGGCAGCGUAGUUGCCAUGCAGGUACAAAUUUUGAGCUACAAAUGGACUCGAAUGCUGAAAUAUUGGACGCUCGCAGAUGCUGAAAGUGUAACUGGUCAAACACUGCAGAUUAUGAGAUUUUAGCUGGUUCGAUUGAAAUACAGGCUCCGUUUAGGGAAAGUUUUUGUACUUUUAAGUACUUCAGUGCUACUCUGCCUUCAAGAAAACCUGAGAUUAUGUAAAAUAGCUUCUUCGCAAGUGUGAACAUUAAUUAUCAAAGACGACUUUUAGCAUCACUUUGCCCCCAUUUCAUGUUACUACAUGCAAACAUGGAGGAUUUUAAACUUUGUGAUUUCUGCGUCGCUCAUCUUACUACUGUUUACAACCGUUGCUGGUCCAUGUGUCUCCGUUCUUAAAAGAGGAGAAGAAGAAGAACCUGUCAAAUAGUCACAAAUUGAGGAACUGAAACAUCCAUUAGACUUCCCCCUUUUCAUUGCACUGUGUUGUAUAAAAAUGUGCUGAAUGUUUUAGUUUUAGCUCCUUUUGUUUCAUGUAUUUAUGUUGUGCGGCACUUUUUCUCAUCCAAAAACGCGUCAUCGCUCGACCUUGAAGGACUUUUGCAUAAAACUUCUUUUUUUUGUUGUUGUAAACAUGUUUUGUUAUUGAUUCCUUUGACAUCUUUAAUGCAGAAAAAUCACAACGAAUGUCAACACUUUAUAUUUCCAUAUUUUUAAUUUCAGUUCCACUACACUCUUGUCCAAACUAUGCAUGGGAAAUAAAAAAAAAAGUUCUGAGAGACACUGAUGAAAAGUGCAA